AAGAGGUUUGGAUUUUCAACCAGUGGUGAGUAAGAGAAAGAAGUAGCUACAACCGAGUCAGUCAGUGAUUUGAAGAGAGAGAUAUCGAAACGAUGCCGUGCCUCAACCUCUCCACCAACGUCAACCUCGAAGGUGUCGACACCUCUUCCAUCCUCUCCGAAGCCACCUCCACCGUUGCUACUCUCAUCGGCAAACCCGAAUCCUAUGUGAUGAUUGUGCUCAAAGGAUCAGUACCCAUAUCUUUUGGUGGGACUGAGCAGGAAGCAGCUUAUGGAGAAUUGGUGUCCAUCGGUGGUCUUAACCCUGAUGUGAACAAGAAACUUAGUGCUGCAAUUGCUGCAAUUCUUGAAACCAAGUUGUCUGUUCCCAAAACUCGAUUCUUCUUGAAAUUCUAUGACACCAAGGCGCAUCAGAGUCAAGAACAUGCACAGUGUUUGCAUGCUUUACAUCAGCAAUAGAUCAUGGUUCCAACUUUGGAUGGAAUGGAACUACUUUCUGAAUUUCAUGUCAAGUUUGAUUAUGGUGCCUUUGAAUUGUGGAUGGAGUAGUCUUCAUUUUGGUUUCGCUUCUGCUUUUAUUUUAUAUUUGAUGUCAAAAUAUAAGUACUUGAGGUUUUUGGUAGCAUAAGCGAGUCAAGUAAAUCAAUUUGAUCAAUUGUAUGGACAAGUGAGGUUUGUGUGUGGUUUAUGGCUCUUUUGGACUAAUAUUAUCGGGCACCAUUUAAGAUGGACAUUUGUAUUGUUGAUGCAUUAUCAAUUAAACUUGAUACCUAAAAUGAAAUCAUUGUCUUGUUGCUUAUUA